ACCAGCUUCUCUCCCCAUUCCAAAACAUCGCCUUCCGAAAACAACUUGCUUCCUGGACAUUUAUUCGGAUAAUUAUUUGCAUUUUGUUCUCACAAUCCAAUCACUGUACAUAUUUUGAUAUAGUGUUGACUAUUAUAAAGACAAUUUAUGGGAUUGGAGUGAAUUUAUGCAGUUUUUACAUUAGGCUAUGGUAUCUGCCAAAUACAUUGAAUGAUGCAAUAAUAUAUGAGGUGACCAAAAAGACAAUGGAAAAAGAAUAAUUAUACCAUUAAGUAUACAUAGUAUAUUCCAGGAGGAAGCUUAACCAAAUUAUCAAAACAGUAUGCACGAAUUAAAAGCAUUUGAUUUUUAAUUAAUGAAUUAGAUUUGAUAUCUUUACAUGAGUCAUGUUGCCCCAUAAUUUGAGAAAUCGUAAGUUUGGGAACAGUAAAUCGUCAUUUUCUAAUGUAAAGAUGGUUGUUUCUGACACUGCUAAUAAGAUUAAAAGACUUCCAUUCAAAAUCAAAUGUUUUAUGGUUUUUAUGAUGUUUGCGUCUGUUUAUGUUUAUGGAAAUCUAAUCUUGUCAUUAACCACAAAUCAUUUGAAUACAGACACAUUUCUGGAAACGGACAAAUGCCCUGCAUGUUUUGGACAUAGUAUUUGUGUAGCCUUGAAAAAUGAUCGGAUUCGUUUUACUGGAUGGUCAAAAAUAAGAUUAUUAGAUAUUGUUAACAUAAAAAAUGUACAUACAGCUAGACAUUUAGAUAACCAAGAACAAAUCAUUAUUAAAAAAUUAGGGCAUAAUAAAGAAUUUGAGAAUGUGGAUGAAAAAAUAUGUAAGGAUGCUAACAGACCCAAAGGUUGUGAUGUUGCCAGGAUUUUACAUAUCACAAACAUUGGAGAUGACAUCAGAAGACAAGCUUUACUACCAAAACAUUUAGAGAAAAUAAAUCACAUGUUCUCCUGUCCAACGUACAGUUUGAUAGAAAGAGUACUGAAAUACUACAAAGAGAAAUUAACACCUUCCAGUAACAUGUUAUAUACCAGGGAUAAAUUACAGAUAUAUGCCACAGGUCUUAUAAAUGCAGAACCAUUAAUGCUUCAGACAUUCCCAGCUGAAGAAGGAUGGCCAUUUCCAAAGUACUAUGGUGCAUGUGGAAGGUAUAUAGCUGUCAGCCACGAAGGAGAACCACUACAUAACUUCUUUUCUGAAACAUUUCAAAAAAGGGCUGAUAUUGCAUAUCAGAUAAUGAAGAUAGCUGAUAAACUAAAUAAUGAAGGGAACCAAUUUGUGUUGUACUGGACAGAUUUAAGCCUUGAAAAUUUAGUUGUUGAUAGUUCAGGAAAAGUAACAGUUAUAGAUUUGGAAGAUAUUAUAGUUGUUGACAGAGAGGCUAUUGCCAGAACAAAACCAAGAAAAGACUGGAAUGAACUGCACCAAAGUUCAUUUGAUGACUGUAAUGGAAAGAACUGUUUAACAUUUUCUCCUGACGAUUUGUGUACACAUGUAAACUCUGAUCACAACUACUUUGCAGCAUGCCGAAAUAUCCUUUCUGAAUAUGCAAAUGAACCAUCUCUUGGUUUAAUGGGAGGUCUUCUACAUGACAUGCCAAACUAUGCAAAAGAUGACUGGGACCUACCACACUUAUUGCAUGAAUGUGUUCAUGGUUCUACACCAGAGAGUAGGAUAAAAAUCAAAACUCAAUUAACUGAGGCUUUGUUUAAUUUACGCAAUGUUAAGGACAAAAAUGAUGCUGCAAAAGGGAAGAGGCUGCAUGAAUAAAUUAAGAAGUGUUUAAAAUAAUCUCUUUAUAUUCCCAGUAACUGUAACUAUUAUACACACUUAAGAGCCUCACACAAAGAGAUAAUCAAGAGGUGUUUCAAAGUUUACCUGGCAAAAUUACUGAAGUUUUUUUUUAAGUUUGUGUACAGAUUUUAUUUUUAUGAAAACAAAUAUGUGUGAUUUUGGGAUAAUAUUUUUGAAUAUAUUGUAGCUUAAUUAUUGACUUGUAACAACUAAAUAUAUUAAGUUUUAAUAGAAGUAGAUUCUAUUUUUUGUCAGGUUUUAUAAACUUCCUCUUAAAAAUUACCUUGGAGUUCAGUAUUUUGUUAAUACCUUUUUACUAUUAUUAAAUUUCUUGUUUAAAUUAAUUAUAACAAUUAAGAAAUGAGCUAUAAAAUUUUGUAAUGCAUAACAAUGGCGAAAGUGUAUACAUGUUAGUUUAUUUUCAGUCUAUUGAGAACAGUAUGUUUUUUUAGAUUAAUAAUAUACGUUUAAGGAAAUAUGUUAUACCUACAAUAAUAAAGAUUUUAAGAAUGUUA